UCACUCCCUCCCCAUUUUACCGUUGAGGUCGGCGACCUCCGCGGACGGUACGGCGGGACACUAGCCCGUCCCGAGGGGCAAUCCCGUAAUUUUCGCGCAGUACAGUGCCUCCCAGCGCAGUGGCUUCGCCCCACGCCCUACUGUUUUAAAUCCCCCUGCCGCUCUCCUCCGCCGUCUUCUUCCCCCCCUUCCUCUCCACCACCCCCGAUUCGUCGUCCACCACCGUUCGACGAGUUUCUCGCAGAUCGGGCGGGGGCGCGCCGGGAUGGCGUACAUGUGCGCGGACAGCGGCAACCUCAUGGCCAUCGCGCAGCAGGUGAUCCAGCAGCAGCAGCAGCAGCAACAGCAGCAGCAGAGGCACCACCACCACCACCAUCUGCCGCCGCCGCCGCCGCCGCAGUCGAUGGCGCCGCACCACCACCAGCAGAAGCACCACCACCACCACCAGCAGAUGCCGGCGAUGCCGCAGGCGCCGCCCUCGUCGCACGGCCAGAUCCCGGGCCAGCUCGCGUACGGUGGCGGCGCGGCGUGGCCCGCCGGGGAGCACUUCUUCGCGGACGCGUUCGGGGCGUCCGCCGGCGACGCGGUGUUCUCCGACCUCGCGGCGGCCGCGGACUUCGACUCUGAUGGGUGGAUGGAGAGCCUUAUUGGGGACGCCCCCUUCCAGGACUCCGACCUGGAACGCCUCAUCUUCACCACCCCGCCGCCGCCCGUGCCGUCCCCACCCCCCACGCAUGCCGCCGCCACCGCCACCGCCACCGCCGCCACCGCCGCUCCUCGACCUGAGGCUGCACCGGCUUUGCUCCCCCAGCCUGCUGCUGCGACCCCGGUGGCGUGUUCGUCUCCGAGUCCGAGUUCCGCGGACGCCUCCUGCUCCGCUCCCAUCCUCCAGUCCCUCCUGUCCUGCUCCCGCGCGGCGGCGACCGACCCUGGCCUCGCCGCCGCGGAGCUCGCCAGCGUCCGCGCCGCCGCGACUGACGCCGGGGACCCAUCUGAGCGCUUGGCCUUCUACUUCGCUGACGCGCUUAGUCGCCGCCUUGCGUGCGGCACCGGAGCUCCGCCCUCCGCGGAGCCGGACGCGCGGUUCGCCUCCGACGAGCUCACGCUCUGCUACAAGACGCUCAACGACGCCUGCCCCUACUCCAAGUUCGCGCACCUCACCGCCAACCAGGCCAUCCUGGAGGCCACAGGCGCGGCGACCAAGAUCCACAUAGUUGACUUCGGGAUCGUGCAGGGCAUCCAGUGGGCGGCGCUGCUUCAGGCGCUCGCCACCCGGCCCGAGGGGAAGCCAACGCGGAUACGGAUCACCGGCGUCCCCUCGCCGCUCCUGGGGCCGCAGCCCGCGGCGUCCCUCGCCGCCACCAAUACCCGUCUCCGUGACUUCGCCAAGCUCCUCGGGGUGGACUUCGAGUUCGUCCCAUUGCUCCGGCCUGUGCACGAGCUCAACAAGUCGGAUUUCUUGGUUGAACCUGACGAGGCCGUGGCCGUCAAUUUCAUGCUGCAGCUGUACCACCUUCUUGGCGACUCGGACGAGCUAGUGAGAAGAGUGCUUCGUCUUGCCAAAUCGCUCAGUCCAGCAGUGGUCACACUUGGAGAGUACGAGGUCAGCCUGAACCGAGCUGGGUUCGUCGACCGGUUCGCCAAUGCGUUGAGCUAUUACCGGUCAUUGUUCGAGUCGCUGGAUGUGGCAAUGACCCGGGACUCACCGGAGAGGGUGAGGGUGGAGCGUUGGAUGUUCGGGGAGCGAAUUCAGAGGGCCGUCGGGCCGGAGGAAGGCGCAGACCGGACGGAGAGGAUGGCCGGCAGCAGCGAGUGGCAGACCCUGAUGGAGUGGUGCGGCUUCGAGCCCGUGCCGCUCAGCAACUAUGCCAGGAGCCAGGCUGAUCUUUUGCUCUGGAACUAUGAUUCCAAGUACAAGUAUUCACUUGUUGAGUUGCCACCGGCGUUCUUGUCCUUGGCAUGGGAGAAACGGCCAUUGCUUACUGUGUCUGCUUGGAGGUGAGGGUAGUUUUUUUGGGAGUAUUUGGGGGAAUGUGUGGCGUUGUGAUAGAACCUGGGAGGAAAUAGUUAGGAGAAAUCAUUUUGCAGCUUUUGUUGUAGUUUCCUCCAAAACUGUGUUUAGGAUGAUUGGUAUAAUUGGGAAAUUUUAGCUGAAUUAUCUUGCUCGGUGUUUGUGCUGCUGAAUGUGUGCAUGAUAUUAACUGGUUAGAGAAAAAUUAGUAGUAGUUGUACAGAAUUUGGUAACAGGUUUUAGCUGUGGUAUAUUGCUUGCUCAUGUUACCAGGAUGAGAAAUAUAAAUCUGGAUGCAAUUGUGCAUUUUAA